AUGGGGGAACACAGUCCAGAUAACAACAUCAUCUACUUUGAGGCCGAGGAAGAUGAGCUGACCCCUGAUGACAGGAUGCUCAGGUUUGUGGAUAAAAACGGACUGGUGCCUUCCUCAUCUGGAACUGUCUAUGAUAGGACAACUGUUCUCAUUGAGCAGGACCCUGGCACUUUGGACGAUGAAGAUGAUGAUGGACAGUGUGGAGAACCCUUGCCUUUUCUUGUAGGGGGUGAAGAGGGCUUUCAUCUGAUAGAUCAUGAAGCAAUGUCCCAGGGUUACGUGCAACACAUUAUCUCACCAGAUCAGAUUCAUUUAACAAUAAACCCUGGAUCCACGCCCAUGCCAAGAAAUAUCGAAGGUGCAACCCUCACUCUGCAGUCGGAAUGUCCAGAAACAAAACGGAAAGAAGUAAAGCGGUACCAGUGCACCUUUGAGGGCUGUCCCCGCACCUACAGCACAGCAGGCAACCUGCGCACCCACCAGAAGACGCACCGAGGAGAGUACACCUUCGUCUGUAACCAGGAGGGCUGCGGCAAGGCCUUCCUCACCUCCUACAGCCUCAGGAUCCACGUGCGAGUGCACACGAAGGAGAAGCCAUUUGAGUGCGACGUGCAGGGCUGUGAGAAGGCAUUCAACACGCUGUACAGGCUGAAAGCACAUCAGAGGCUUCACACAGGGAAAACAUUUAACUGUGAAUCUGAAGGCUGCAGCAAGUACUUCACCACACUCAGCGAUCUGAGGAAGCACAUUCGAACCCAUACAGGAGAAAAGCCAUUUCGGUGUGAUCAUGAUGGCUGUGGAAAAGCAUUUGCAGCAAGCCACCACCUUAAAACUCACGUCCGUACACACACCGGUGAACGACCCUUUUUCUGUCCCAGUAACGGCUGUGAGAAAACAUUCAGCACUCAAUACAGUCUCAAAAGUCACAUGAAAGGUCACGAUAACAAAGGACACUUAUACAAUGCACUUCCAACUCACAAUGGAUCAGAGGAUGCAAAUCACUCGCUUUGUCUGAGUGACUUGAGUCUUCUGUCCACAGAUUCUGAAUUUCGAGAAAAUUCCAAUACAACACAGGGCCAGGACCUCAGCACACUUUCACCAGCAACCAUCUUUAAGUCCAUGUUCCAGAAUUCAGAUGAUUCGGCAAUUCAGGAAGAUCCUCAACAGACAGCUGCCUUGAUUGAAAGUUUUAAUGGUGAUGCAGAGUCAGUCAAUGAUGUUCCGCCACCCACAGGAAAUUCAGCAUCUUUAUCUCUUCCACUUGUACUGCAGCCUGGCAUCUCCGAGCCACCCCAGCCUCUACUACCAGCCUCAGCACCGUCUGCUCCUCCGCCUGCUCCCUCCUUAGGACCUGGUUCCCAGCAAGCUGCAUUUGGCAACCCCCCUGCUCUCUUACAACCUCCAGAAGUGCCUGUCCCCCACAGCACACAGUUUGCUGCUAAUCAUCAAGAGUUUCUUCCGCACCCUCAGGCACCGCAGCCCGUCGUGCCGGGACUUUCUGUCGUUGCUGGGGCUUCCGCAUCAGCAGCGGCAGUGACGUCAGCCGUGGCAGCAGCGCCCCAACCACAAAGUACUACUGAACCCCUGCCAGCCAUGGUCCAGACUCUACCCCUGGGUGCCAACUCUGUCCUAACUAACAAUCCCACUAUAACCAUCACCCCGACGCCCAGCACGGCUAUCCUGCAGUCCAGCCUUGUCAUGGGGGAACAGAACUUACAGUGGAUAUUGAACGGUGCCACCAGCUCACCACAAAACCAAGAACAAAUGCAGCAAGCAUCUAAAGUUGAGAAGGUGUUUUUUACCACUGCGGUACCAGUGGCCAGUAGCACAGGGAGCUCUGUACAGCAGAUUGGCCUCAGUGUUCCUGUGAUCAUCAUCAAGCAAGAAGAGGCGUGUCAGUGUCAGUGCGCAUGCCGGGACUCUGCUAAGGAGCGGGCGGCUAGCAGGAGAAAGGGCUGUUCCUCCCCUCCCCCUCCAGAGCCAAGCCCCCAGCCUCCUGAGGGGCCCAGCCUGAAGCUUCCACCACAGACUUUCUCCUCACCCUCUGUCCCCCUGUCAUCCUCCUCCUCCAUCUCCUCUUCCUGUGAGCAAAGCAGACAAGCAGAGACUCCUCCAGACCCUCAGACAGAAACGUUAAGUGCCAUGGAUGUGUCAGAGUUUCUGUCCCUCCAGAACCUGGACACACCGUCCAACCUGAUUCCCAUUGAAGCACUACUGCAGGGGGAGGAGGAGCUGGGCCUGAGCAGCAGCUUCUCCAAGUGA